UCAGGUAGUUGGCUAUAUGUUGAAGUUUAGCUUUCCGAUAAAAGCUCCCACUGUGAUUGUUGCAAGAAUGGAUGUUUUUGAGAAAAUUCCAAUGUAUUGAUUUUUGAAAACAUAAUUAGAAAAAAAUGCCCUUUUAGGGUUUGACGAGGAAAGUGAAAUGUAUUUUAAGUUGGUCUUUUGGCUCACAGGACAAAUUUGUUUUGGUGAUGAUGCACUUUUCUACAUGUGUGCCAAAUAAUAGGCUAUCUGUUCUGCUCACGUGCUCAAUAAAAUUCAUUCAAUAUUUGUGAGUUUUCCUAUUUUUCUUCAACUCCACUGUUAAAACCGCAGCAGCAGCUUUAGACCCUGAACACGCAGGGCGUUACGCAGCCCCCCUCGGUUGUAACUACAGGCCUACUACUGUUAAUUCAUACACACCCUGAAAUAUGAGCCUCAGCCUAUAACAUCGCCAGCAGCCCGCGUCCAGGCGUGCUUAAAUAAAGGAAGAGACGCUUGAGAUUGAUUGAUGUGCGGUUUAACCAUCGACUGGCUAAUCCCGGUGAAUGACAAACGGUUAAACCAAUUGCUGUGAAGGCAAUUUAUAUUCCCAUAGUAUCUUUAUUUUGGGAAACCAUAAAAAACCGCUCAUGACACGGAGAGGGACGACCUACCAGGCGUAAAGCUAAUACAAUCAUCUGUGGCGAUAAUCCGCUCUCAAAUUGGCCUCAAUCGGGAACUGAGAAAAUCUACUCUCGGGCUUUUUUUUUUUUUUUUUUUCUAUCUCUCUCUCCCACAACACUCACACACACACACACACACACACACACGUCCACCCCACAGCCAAUAUUUUUAGACUGCUAUGUCGUGACCGGAGCGAUGCAAAUGUCACACGAUUCAUUGGCUACUGUCAGUCUCCGGCACGAAAACGUCAAUGUUUUGAUGGCGUUUGGAUAAUAUUGUGUUCCCCGCCCGCUGCUGUGUGGAAAAGGGGAGAAGGAAGGUUGGAGAGCCGAGGCUUCGUCGGGCUCGCUUCAGCACCUGGACAGCUCCUUUCGCAGGGUUCCCCGCUGCGCUCGCCGGGGAAACCCUCGUGCUGAGGAGCAGAACCUGGAUCUGAGGCGGCACACGCAAAACCCUCACCGCUCCAAAGCCAGGAGAGGAGACUGCACUUAAAAAGGGUCGUGAUUUGCGCAAUCUGAAUGACACUUGAAUGAUGCUAAUAUGAUCUUGACGAGUGACGAUGCUUCUUGCAUUUGAGCUUCAGACCCUCUUUUGGUUUUGCACAGAAAUCCAAGCAGCGCAAGUGGGAGCAGCAGCAGCAGCAGCAGCAGCAGCAGCAGCAGUGCUCGUCCAAUGCAAAAGUGCUAAGGAUAGCUGCAGCCUACACACACUGCGAGCCUGCUGCUGCUUCACUUACUCUGAUCAUCACCGAGGGAGACAUUACUAUCAGCAAGGGGGCAGCGGGAGGCACGAUUACGCGUCAACAAUGUAAAUCUCACACAGGUUCCACAUGAAAGCAGCGUCUAUCAGGUGAAAAGGUGAACUGCAGCACUUAAACAGACAGAACUGAGUGGAAACCUUGUGACAACCAUCUCCACAUCUCUCCCCUCUCCAUCAGCCACCAUCAUGGCAAACGCUGAGGAAGUGGAGCAGGCCGGUCUGUCGGACUUAGAGAUCAUCUCCCAGCCAGUGGAGAAUGAGAACCAGUACUUGGCUCCUCCGGUCCAGCUGGUGAGUUUUGGCUACAGAGAUCUGCCCCUCGCAGCUCUUGACCUCUCGCUGGCUGGCUCGCAGCUCCUCUCCAACGCAGAUGAAGAUGAAAACAGGGAAGGGUCCAACUGGCUGAAGCCCUGUUGCGGUCGCCGGGUGGCCCUGUGGCAAGUCUGUCUGCUCAGCGCUGGCUUCAACUGUAUCCUGGUGGCCUGUGUCAUCCUGGUGGUGCUUUUCCUGUCUUUGGAGCUGCUGAUAGACACCAAACUCCUACAAUUUUCCAAUGCUUUCCAAUUUGCCAGCAUUAUCCACUGGAUCAGCCUUAUCAUCUUGUCACUCUUCUUUUCAGAGACUGUCUUCAGAAUUGUCGUGCUCGGGAUCUGGGACUACAUAGAGAACAAAGUUGAGGUGUUUGAUGGUGCUGUCAUCGUGCUGUCCCUGGCCCCCAUGGUGGCCUCCACGGUGGCCAACGGGCCCAGCAGCCCCUGGGAUGCCAUCAGCCUCAUCAUCACUCUACGCAUCUGGAGGGUCAAGAGGAUCAUUGACGCUUAUGUGCUACAAGUCAAAGUUGAGAUGGAAUUGGAUAUUCAGCAGUGUGAGAAGACCAAGGCUGUGAGAGAGGAGCAGCUGGAGCGUCUCACUCAGAUCUGCCAGGAACAGGCUUUUGAGAUCAGACAGCUGAGGGCCCAUCUGGCCCAGCAGGACCUGGACCUUGCGGCGGAACGUGAAGCAGCCAUGCAGAUCCAUCACGUAUGGGGAAAACAGGGCAGGAGUUUUCAGGUCGUAGAAGGCUUGACUCCCGGGGAGUCUGACGAUGAGGGCGGCCAGAGAAACCCCAGGGAGCCUCAUGUCAGUGCAGAUCCAGUUGUGCGUGAUGACAUGAACAACUACAUCAGCCAAUACUACAGUGAAGCAAGCAGUGAUGCUGGAGCUUCUGGCUUGGGUGCCCGGGUUAUCACCAUGGCUGCCAUCGAUGUUCACCUCCCCAACAAUCCAAAUCCCAUUCAGUCAAACCCGAUGCUUGCAAUUGAGCGGCUGGGCAGCGUGGUCAGUGACGCCUCAACCAGCAUAUCACGGUCCAGUGGUAGCCUGACGGCUCGCCCACUCAGCCUGAGUAGCCACACCCCGGCUUCAUCUAUGACAGACUGCAGCAGCAGCACAGCUCAGGACCUCAGUCUGAGCUACGGCACCCAUCGCUGCUGUCCUCCAUCCUUCUCGGGCCAGGACCCCUGCAGGGACCCCAGCAUGGUGGUGCAGGAGCUGCUCUGCUCCCUCUCUGAGGACUCCUGCCUUGCUCAAAAGGGCCUGGUAGUGGACCCUGUCAACCUUAAACUUCCCAGUCCUACUGGCUCAGAAAAGGCCAGCCCUGAGCUGGACAACAGAAUAAACAUCUUCAACCGCAGAAACCAAGAGGAGAGACGAGGCAGGGGAAGGGGUUGUGUGCUGUUGCAGACUAAGCCACUGAUCCACCUGCAGAGCAGCACCACUGAGCCAUCCCUGGAGGAGAAGUACCGGCUCCUGGGACCAGCUGACACACCUCUGGGGCACAUGCCUGAUACAUAAGCUGCAUUUACACAGAAACGGAAGUCUUUUCCUUUCUUUUACUGCCACCUUGUUUGGCAUAUAUCUGAAAUCUUGUGGCAGGUCAAAGCUCAUGAGAAGCACAUACGAUUUUAAAAUUGGAUUUUUCUGUCGCUGUGUAAUUCCAAUCUUAGCCCAUCCAGAGGAAGCUUAAGCAUUUAGCUUCGAGCUAACACUGAUGCUCCUUAACUUCACGUGUUCAGAAGUCAAUAGUUGAAAUGACAAUAAGAACUCUUAGGCCCUUUGCCAUAAUGUCCAACUUCCCAUGUUCCUCCUUGAUGGAUUUUUGAAAUCAGAAAUUCCCUGAUAUAGCACAACAAAGACUAUAACAUCCCAGUAAGGGCGGGCAGGCUAAUGUGCUCUGGUACACAUUGUUCAUCAGGAAUUCUCACUUUGAAUAGGUCCUAAAUGCACUGAACUUUAAAUGAAUUAAAACCAGCAAGGGGCCAUUCAAGCCUAUACUGAACAAAAACUUUAAUUCUGAACCGUGUUGCAAACCAAGACACUGUUCUCUGUUCUUGGAAUUUCAAGCACUUAAAGAGAUUUUUUUUCUAUUGUAUUUUUCUUGUUAUUUUGUUCAAACUUUGUUCAAACAGCUACAGGGUACAUACGACUGGUUUAACUAUACAAACAGCCAAUUAUUAUUAUUUUUUUAACCUAUGCCUUUCUAUCACCUUUAUGUUUGAUUUGAAACAAUGGACCAUCAUCAGUAGUUAUUGAAUAGCAUUUUUGUUUAAUUGUUCAAAAAACAUCAGUAGGGUAUAUUUGUGUGGUUGAAAUGAAAAGGCAAGUGACUGGAUUCUUUACAUGAAACCAGAUUGGAGUGCUUGUAGCAUGAAAGACAUGUGCCCAAAAUGGCAAGCAAAUUCUUUGCACUUUAAUGUUUACAGACACUUUUGUGAACUUGAUAUGGAGGAAGUUAUUGCCAAAUGCAGGUGUUGUCAUUUGAAUGAAAAUAGCAAAAAUAAAAAUUAGUAUUUCCUUAA